AUGGAUCCAGGAGAGAUUCCGGCCCAUUUACCGGCCCUUACACAAGUCGAAGAGAUGAUUAUUGCCCGUUCUCACGUGCAGAUGUUGGUACAUCGAUAUCAGGCCAACCAGUAUCAUUACUCUGGACGUUGUGUGAGUCUUAUGCAAAACAACAUUCAAACAGUUAAUAUGUUACCUAAUUUACCCUCUGAGCUAGAUGUCGUGGUGUUGCGGCCGUCGAACCAAGUGAUGGAGAAUGAUGGAAGGUAUCGUUCCCAGUUUCGAGCCGAUUUUCGGGUCCGGAAAGGGUGGAUUAUCACUUGGCUACGUCAUUUAAAGGCUAACCACCCCGAUUAUCGAUACAUCACCAUCUCUCUUGACCGGCUCGAAAGGUUGCCUGUCGAUGAUGAUAUUUCCUCAUCGUUCCCCUCGAUCAUCGACGAGUCAAUCAUCGGAUCAUAUAUCGACGCAUUUCGGACCUGUCGACGUUUACAUACACACCCGCCAGACUUCUACGACGACCCGGAAGGAGAAGGCUCGGAUUCGGACGAUGAGGAUCCCCCCGGAGGAGGCCGGAAAUGA